AACAUAUUAUUCAGAGUUUUUCCAAUUUAUAUCAAUUCUGAAAUAGCUAUUUUGAAAUUUCGAAAUUCUGUUUUGUUUUCAACCUUCAUUGGACGAUCAUCGAAACAAACGAUAAUCCAAAUGGAACGACCACCAGGAUUUCUUUGCAAAAAAUAUACAAUCAUUUUUUUGACUCUGCUCUCGAUUAUAAUAGCAUUGAGCACCUUCGUCACUGUUGUUGUGUCGGAUGAUGAACUGGCUAAAAAAGUUCAUGAACAACAUCCAGAGAUUCCCGUGGAAUAUGCUAAGCGAACAUUGAUUAUUGUCACAUCGGUAAUGUGCAGUAUUGCCAUUGCUUUUUCAUUCAUCGGUAUGUUUGGUGCAUUGCAAGAAAGUUAUGCCCUUUCGGUUAUCUAUUUGACAUUGACAUUCAUUGAUUUUAUGACUACCAUGACUAUGACAGAUUUUCGUCUAUUUUUUUGGAUUAAUGUAACUGUACAUGUGAUCGUAUUAUUCAUAUUGGCUUCAUUUAUAAUGGAUCUACGUAACCUAAUGAAACGACAACAUUCAAUCAAUCCAUUAGAUUCUGUGGAAUAAUCGUGCUUAUCUAUAUCAAUCUAU